UUCCGUAAAAAUGUGGUCUUUGUGGACGUCACUUUCGUUGUAAAAAUGUAUAUUUUCAAGUAAACCUGUGGCAAGUUUGGAUUUUUUAAACCUGGAUUCGAAAUCUUCAGCAAGUUCUAUCGGCAAUGGCGUUAGCAUUCCACCAUGUAUCCACCGAUAUCGACCCACCGUGUCCAGGGUGUUCAACGUACCUGAUUGAGCCUUACAUCAGAUGUAUGGUCUGUGGACCUACACACCUCAACAUAUGUCUUCAGUGUUUUUCCAAAGGAUGGGAGAACGGCAAACACCACAGCAGCCAUGACUAUGACAUCAUCACAAAUGCUUUUCCUAUUUUGGAUCAAUCCUGGAGUGCAAAAGAUGAGAAGAAACUUCUGGAGGCAAUUGCGGAUUGUGGAAUCGGGAACUGGCAAGAUGUGGCCAAUCAGGUGACAGGACGGAGCAAGCAAGAAUGUGAACAGCACUACACCAAGAUGUUCAUUGAGAAAACUAAUACGCUAUUCCCAGACUUUCCGGAAGAACUGAAACCUGGUCCGUCCAAAGCAAUUCCUUGUCGAUUGAGUGAGGAUCCCGUACGACCAAUCAGAGAUUCCCAGAGAAUGUUGGAUAUGGCUGGCUACCAACCUGCACGUGGGGACUUCAACACGGAAUAUGAUAAUUAUGCGGAGUGGGAUUUGAGAGAUAUCUACUUCCAUAAUGAGGAAGAUGAACUGUUAACCGAAUUAAAAUUUGCUGCCGUCGACAUCCAUCAGUCCAGGAAAAAGGGACGACAGAGAAGAAAAAAGAUCAUAAGAGAUUUUGGAUUAGUGAAUCUGGCAAAACAGACACUGCAAGAGAGAACGCACACAGAGGCAGUGCGUAGCCUCUUCAACAAGUUGAGGCCGUUCGCCAGACUACACAACCCGCUAGCACAAGACAAACUUCUUGAAGGCUUGAUAUAUGAGCUUGAUUUGAAGACAGAGAUAGACAGAUUGCAGGAAUAUCGCUCGAAUGGAAUCAAGAAUAUGAUUGGUGCUAGACUGUAUGACAGGCUGAAAGUCAAGCGUCUGAAGAGAGAGAAGACUCAUCAUCUGACCAACGUACUUGCCACGAGUCAAGACCCAAUCGCAUGCAGGCAAUGGUUGCUCCGCCAGGCUCUAGUUGAUGCAGGACACACUGACCUACUGCCAGCCUUACCCAGUGGAGGUCGAAAAUCCGCACCACCGCUAGAUCUGACUGGUUUCGCUGGUUAUGAGCGACUCAGCGAAAAAGAACGAGAGUUGUGUGCAACAGUACGCAUCAUUCCAGAGGCCUACUUUGAGUACAAACGCAUCUUCCAGACGGAGUGUACCCGGGUCGGUCAUCUCAAGCUCAAGCAAGCUCGUAACCUGAUAAAGAUUGACGUUAAUAAGAUCCGCAAACUCUUUGACUUCUUGGUCAAGGAGGGGCUUGUGAAUACCAGCUAACGUUAAUUGGCCCUUUGGUAGAUUUAUAUGUUUUGAUUACCAGCUGAUUUAAAGGAAAUGGACACUAUUGGUAAUUACUGAAAAUAAUUAUUAGCAUAAAACCAUUGUGAGAAACGGCUCCCUCU